AACUGAUCGAUACCAUUUCUUUUGUCUUGAUGGAUAAGUCUCAAUAAAAGUGCCUUUAAACAAAGUUCGAUAUCUAUGAAUAAAUAAACCCCAGGUUUGUUCUUUCUAACCCAUGUCUUGGAAACCAAGCUGAUCAGCCAGACACAGAUUAGUUUGAGCGGCAAACAUCUUGGACUCCAGCCUUUUGUAUACAACGCUGCAGGAGGUUUGAAUUCCGUCGACAGCAUGCCCCAACCAAAAAGGGAUCUGGUUCGGUUCGUCAUACAUCAACACAAACAGGAUCCGAAGGAGGCCGUAGCUCACGUCAUCAAAGUCGAUGAAUAUGACAAGUUAUGUAAAAAGAUGGCCGAUGCUGGCUUAACAUUAUGUGAAGCUGUCAAGGGAGGGCCCUUCAAGGCGAUGGUAGGCGAAGCAUUCAUCGUACGAAUCGUCGGUGACGUCAUCAUGAACACGUUCGGGGAGCACAGCUACCGAAGUGACCGACUUCAGAUGAAGUACCUACGAAAUCGCGUCAACCGCAGAGAAUUCUACGUGAAAGGUUACUACCGAGGCCGUUACCAGCCUGAGUAUGCCGGGAAAGUGUUGUUACAUCGCAUGACGAUCCAUGCAGGAACGACCAAUAAGGGCAGCGGUAGACAGUUCGGAAUGACGAAUCUGGAAAGUGUGCUAGGGAACGUGGUAUCAAGUAUAGCGAUCGUAGUACCAAAGAUUCCUGAUGACCCUGUACCGCAAGAAAUUGCCGAAAUAUUUACUGAAGAUGACAUGAAAAAAGAUAUUGUUUUGAGGACGAUAUCUAAGGAUAUACAUCGUGGUUUUGCUAUUCCAUUGGCAAUGCAUCUAUUUGGACUGACAGAAACCGAGGUUUUGAACUUGAACUUGCUUCCACAUCACCGUGACUACAAUGAGCAGCGGUAUCUUGUACUUCAGAAGUGGAGAACUCAAGAAGGGCAGAAAGCAUCAUUUGAGAAGUUAAUUGCCGCCUUCAAAGCGGUAAAAAUGACAGCGCCCGCACACUCCCUGAAUAGAAAUCUGCUAACCGACCACCGGCUUAAAACAAUUGCAAACGCUCUACCACCGGAUCUAAAGGGGCUAUGUGACCACUUCAAAAUAAGCAUGGACGAAGUUCAAGAAAAGUAUGUUCACGAACUCAACGGGCACACUUACCAGGUACUAAGCCGAUGGAAAGAGAGAACCCACGAGAAGCUGUCGGCUAGGGCAUGUCAUUCAGCACUUUUAGCCCAUCUACGAAACAUCGGGCUAAGCCAUGUGGCUCAGAAAUGUAGCGAAAUCACCUCUGCACAUGCACGCGAUGUCGUUAUAUUGCGUAUUAUAACUAAAGAUGCCAGUCGUGAAAGGAUAUUUAGCUUGGUUAAGAGUUUAGGAGUUUGUCAAGAAGACGUCGAUGCAAUAACACGUGAUUUCGGGUUCGACUUUAACAAGAGGAUGUUCCUGCUCAACUGUCUCGUAAAAUGGCGGGGAAAGGUGAAUCCUCCGGAAGACGCGACGUUCGAAAACCUCUUACUGAUCAUGCGCUCUAAAGAAAUUGGACUCAAAUUGAACGCGCAUAUACUUGACGAGGAACUAUUAUCACAUAAAAGGCUUAAAAACCUUGCUGAAAUCAUCGAUCCCGAGUACAUCCAGCCUUUAGCAGACGAACUGGAAGUCGACACAGCACAAAUGCAUAUUCCGUUUGAUGGCAACUUUCAGGAAAUUUUACGGUUUCGUCUGCUUCAACGCUGGAAGGAAACACGCGGAAAAUAUGCCACUCACACGGAACUUAUAAACGCACUUGGAAUUGUAGGUUUAUCGUCUGUUAUACCGAAGGUCGAUUCUUUUGGCUCAAUUGACACAACGCAUGGGGCAAUUAGUGAUUUCUGUCUACGAUACGUCAGCAGCUGGGUGCACGUCAGUCGUGCUCACGAGUGGCCAUCAGUCGUCCAGAAUAUUCCCUCCUCAUUGGUCGAAGGUUUGGACAGUAAAACGGUUGAUCAGAUCAAGCUUCACAUGAGAGACCCCCAAGAGCAAAUGGCCUACGCCCUCAUACUGUGCCGAGAUCGUGGUAUUUUGCCAACCGUCGAGAAGUUUGUUGAUCGACUCACUACGUGCGGGUUCGACAAUGCCGCCGUAACUUUGCUAGAUAUAGCUAGGCCCGUGCUCUAUUACUCUGGAGUGCAACCCUAUAAUUUGACCUAUAAGUGACUGACAUAGCUUUCUCUCUUUUCAAAUGUAUUUUGCAAUCUCAAAUACUGUAUUUGAUUGUCCUAUUUACGGACAUCCAAUGCAAUACGCACUUUGCUGUGUGAUGGUUAUAUAAAUGUUUAUAUGUAUAUUACGUUUACUGUAUUACGUUUUAUGUUUAUAUUAACAUUUGAAGGGCAUAUACCACGUCCUGUCAGUACCAAAGCAAAUAUAAGCACGUGCUUUAAAGGAUUACAGUA